GAACCAGUGAGAGAGUAGCAAGGGGAGGAAAGCAGGAGCAGGGGCAGGACAGGUAGCUCCUUCCUGGGAUGCCACAGAGCGGCAAGGAUUCCCUUCCUCAUUAAAAGGACUUUGGUGGCACAUGGAAUGAGCACUGUGGUGUCCUUUUCGAUUUUCACUCUCAAGAUGAAACCUGCCUGCCGUGGAGGGAGGAAACAACGGCUCUGAAGAGGAGGUUUUUUUCCCCCUUUAUAAAUUGCUCUUCAGGUUACGAUUGAAUGAAGGUUCUACAGGUAGCUCCUGGGGCUUUCAUGAGUUCUUUGCAUGACUGUGUUUGCGUCUGAAGCUGAAUUGCCCAAAUAGAAGCAUUAAAAAAAAAAAAAACAGUAGAAAUCUUCCACACACAGCCUCAACAACAUACUGGGACUCUCUUGGAUGGUCCUACGGACUAUGUGUCUGUCACCUUGAGCCAGAUGAAUACAGCUCUUCCCUAGAAGUCCUCUCCACGGCAGGCAGAUGUGUGGCACACAUCUGCACCAGGGUGUGUAGCAGAAGCCCACGGAAUGGAUCUCAAGACAUUCGUGCCUUUUAGUCCUUGCAGCCGGUGGUUAUUGCUCGUGGCCCUUGUAGGCUCUGAAGCAUCUUCUGAUUUGAAUGAAUCUGCAGAUUCCCCUGCUCAGCAUGCACCUAAGGCUUGGUUUGCUGCUUCCAGCUCGGUGCCAGAUGAAAGGAUAUCUGUUUUCGAACUGGAUUAUGAUUAUGUGCAAAUUCCUUAUGAGGUCACCCUCUGGAUACUUCUGGCAUCUCUUGCAAAAAUAGGUUUCCACCUUUGCCGCCGGCUGCCGGGCCUCAUGCCUGAAAGCUGCCUGCUCAUCCUCGUGGGCGCCCUGGUGGGCGGCAUCAUCUUCGGCACCGACCACAAGUCGCCCCCGGUCAUGGACUCCAGCAUCUACUUCCUCUACCUGCUCCCGCCCAUCGUGCUGGAGAGCGGCUACUUCAUGCCCACGCGGCCCUUCUUGGAGAACAUCGGCUCCAUCCUGUGGUGGGCCGGCCUGGGGGCCCUGGUCAACGCGCUGGGCAUCGGCCUGUCGCUCUACCUGGUGUGCCGGGUCGGGGCCUUCGGCCUCGGCGACCUCAGCCUGCUGGAGACCCUGCUCUUCGGCAGCCUCCUGUCCGCCGUGGACCCCGCGGCCGUGCUGGCCGUGUUCGAGGAGGCGCGGGUCAACGAGCAGCUCUACAUGAUCAUCUUCGGGGAGGCCCUUCUCAACGACGGCAUCAGCGUGGUCCUAUACAAUAUAUUAAUCGCCUUCACAAAGAUGCAUAAAUUCGAAGACAUAGAACCUGUCGACAUUUUGGCUGGAUGUGCCCGAUUCAUCAUUGUGGGGUGUGGGGGAGUAUUUUUUGGCGUCAUUUUUGGAUUUAUUUCUGCGUUUAUCACACGUUUCACUCAGAAUAUCUCUGCAAUCGAGCCGCUCAUCGUCUUCAUGUUCAGCUAUCUGUCUUACUUAGCUGCAGAAACACUCUAUCUCUCUGGCAUCCUGGCAAUCACAGCCUGCGCGGUGACAAUGAAGAAGUAUGUGGAAGAAAACGUGUCCCAGACGUCCUACACGACCAUCAAGUAUUUCAUGAAGAUGCUGAGCAGCGUCAGCGAGACCUUGAUCUUCAUCUUCAUGGGCGUGUCCACCAUUGGGAAGAACCAUGAGUGGAACUGGGCCUUCAUCUGCUUCACUCUGGUUUUCUGCCAGAUCUGGCGAGCCAUCAGCGUGUUUGCCCUCUUCUAUGUCAGUAACCAGUUUCGGACUUUCCCCUUCUCCAUCAAGGACCAGUGCAUCAUUUUCUACAGUGGUGUUCGAGGAGCUGGAAGUUUUUCACUCGCAUUUCUGCUUCCUCUGUCUCUUUUUCCCAGGAAGAAAUUAUUUGUCACGGCUACACUGGUAGUUAUAUAUUUCACUGCAUUCAUUCAGGGCAUCACAAUUGGCCCUCUGGUCAGAUACCUGGAUGUCAGAAAGACCAAUAAAAAAGAAUCCAUCAACGAAGAGCUUCAUAUCCGUCUGAUGGAUCACUUGAAGGCUGGAAUUGAAGAUGUGUGUGGGCACUGGAGCCACUACCAAGUGAGAGACAAGUUCAAAAAGUUUGAUCAUAGAUAUUUACGGAAAAUCCUAAUCCGAAAGAACCAGCCAAAAUCAAGCAUCGUUUCUUUGUACAAGAAGCUGGAAAUGAAACAAGCUAUUGAGAUGGUCGAGACUGGGAUUCUGAGUUCUACAGCUUUUUCCAUAUCCAAUCAGGCCCAGAGGAUACAAGGAAUCAAAAGACUUUCCCCUGAAGAUGUGGAGUCCAUGAGGGACAUCCUGACUCGCAACAUGUACCAAGUUCGACAAAGGACCCCAUCCUACAACAAAUACAACCUCAAACCCCAAACAAGCGAGAAGCAGGCUAAAGAGAUUCUCAUCCGACGUCAGAACACCUUGAGAGAAAGCAUGAGGAAAGGCCACAGCCUGCCCUGGGCCAAGCCGGCUGGCACCAAAAACAUCCGCUACCUCUCUGUUCCUUACAGCAACCUGCAGCUACCAGAGAGGGACACAAGAGCUCCCGAGUCCUCAGAUGACCAUGGGAGUGGCUCAGAAUUCCCACCCAUCACUUUCAGCGCACCCUCUCGGACAGGGAUGCUCCAGGAAAGGCGACGGACACAAGAAACGAUCCCGAUGAGGAAUUUACCCAGAGGAGGGACGGCAUUGCACUUCGGUCACCACGAAGGGAACGGCAGCCAUGAAGAGCUCGCUGGCAGAGGCAGGAGGGCCGCCGUCAGGCCCAGGCCUCUGUUCCAUGCCGUGGAUGAGGAAUAUGAAUCUGGAGAGGAGGUGGAGGGUGCGGCCUCAGCUGCUGGAGCCAGAUGGACAGCUGAGCAGGGACACAACAGGGGACACCAUGAGUCCCAAAGUCCUUUGCUCCAAAGAAAAUAGUUCUACAGUCCACAAGGUCACUUCUGUGAUGUUCAAGGCCAUCUUGCCUUUACUGUGAAGGGGUUUUCAGAUUUCAGGAGACAGCUAAUGAGUUUUUUUUUUUUUUAAGCUAUUGGACACAUGUCUAUAGGAAGCAGAAGAUUUUUUUUAUAGGACUGGGAGCAAACCUGAAAGCUGAGCCAUAUCUUUGGCCAAUGUCCGUUGCAGAUGAAUUCGUUGAGAGUGAUAGAAAUCCAUUACCCCAGGAACUGGUCUCUAAGAAUUUCCUAAGGACAUCCUAUGAAGACUACUUGAUCUAUGCUCUAUAUUGAGAUGUCAGUGUGAUUGGUCAGUAAUCUAAUUAACUAUAUGCAUGUGUACCUUAUAAUCAAGGUAGAACUAAAGGGGCCUUUGAAGCCUCCUGGCUCAAUCCCUGAGUUUUCAGAUAAGGACACCUUGACCAAGGUCCCAUAAUGAGCUGUCCUUUCUCCCACGUGAAGGGAUUCUGUUUUGAUUUUGAUAUUCAAUAUACAAUAAUUACAUUUCAAAGGAGAGGUGAAAUCUGUUAUAGUGUUGAUGUACUUACUCGGUAAUAGUGAUAGGUAUAGGAUAUGCACAUUAACCUUUGAAUAAUGGAUAUGUCUAUUUUAUAAUUAGAAUAUUGAUUUAAAACAAAGAUCAGAAACGCAAUGGCUGCAAACAGUUUAAUCACAAUGACGUGAACAAUGGGUAUUUACUAGGAAUACGUUGGUGGGGUGUGAUAUUUUGCUCUAGAGUUUGGAAUUGUUCUUCAAUUUAACUUGACCUUGACCUUGAGUCUCUUACUUCAGCUCACCACUUUUACCAGACUACUUUGUCUUUCCUCCUUGCUUCCUCUUCCUUUCUCCUUCCGUCUUUUCUGUUUGGCCACUGGUAUUUAGGAAGCACUUUAAAGUGUUGAAUAAUGUGCCAAAUGACCAGUGUGUGACAGGAAACUCAAUGUCCUCCCACCAUUACUGUUUUUGCCAACUGAUUUAAUCCUACGCAUCUGUAGGAUUAAAUGCUCCCAGAUCCCUAGACCUUCUUUGGGCCCCUAACCCCUAGGUGCCCUCUGUUCCUUUGUAUAUGUCAAUAGAAUGUACAUCAUCUGUGAAUCGUGUUUGUACAGAGACACGAAUAAUACUGAUUAUGGUGGCCCAUGGCUCAGUGGUCCAGGGAGCACGGUUUCUUCAUGUUAACGACAUCCAUUUAUCAUCAGUUGUGACUUCUAUUUCUUGGCGUUUUUUUCUCUUACCAGUUAUGGGUGUCUCCAACGUGGUAGAUGACUACACGGGGUGCUCAUGAUCACCCUGCAGAACUGGGAAGGGUGGAAAAUGAGGCCCUGAGAUGCUACAUGUUGGCAGUUCAAGGUCUGCUUUCCCUGGAAAGGGAAAGGUCGUGCCGUCCAAGAUGACCUGGGGACCCCUGUUCUCAACCAAGGACACGAGGCUCCACCCCAGACUUACUUUUGUGAGUGAUUCCCCCGGGUUCCUGCUGCGGUGGUAGAAAUAGCAAUUAAGCCUGUUUGCCUCUCCUCUGAAUCUGAAAUAGGAUGCUGCUUCUCCGUUAUCAAAAUGUGCUGAUUUGAAUAAAAAAUGCACACUAUCAAAUGAUAGUCAUCAGUCCAAAGGGAUAGAAGGACGAAUAAAACUCAGGGAUCUUUGUGCUUUUCUUUUUGUUUAAACAAACAAGCAAUCAAAGCAACAAGAAAAUUUAAAAGAAAAAAAAAAAAGCUUAUUCUUCAUGAGAGGAAAAACAGUGAGUCAUUAUCCUGAAACUACAGAUGGAGCUAGAGGCAGAGAAGAGGCAUCAGAGUCUCCUUUGCAAAGCUGCAUGUAGAGCUGAUUCUUAGGAGGGGGAGCACGUCUCUGCCCUCAUACUGGAUCCACUCGCGUGACAACAGAAAUUUAAGGGCCCAUUUCCCAGGAUUAGUGAAUGCAUCAAACUCUCUUGAAUUUCUCUCAGAUAUAGGUGCCAUUAAGAAGAGGCGUGGUGGGAGAUUUAAUCGGUAAAAGCUUUUGGAAAAACUCCCUUGAGGAGCCAAGAAUCACCUUCCAUAGGCAGGAGGCAAACUGAGACUGAAGAGAAAGGCAGACCAUCCAGGCUGGUAGACAAAGACUUAGGGAGAAACUUACAUUUGGUAUGUAAGUAGUCUGGAGAGUAGCAAGAUAAGGAAGACCUCUACACGCGAAAUGCACACUUGCCUUGCUUUUAUUCUGUAGAAUAGUUCCUCCCUUGAUAAGGCAGACAGUGCCCCAUUCUAUACGGACUGUUUAGUUCUGUACAUAUAGAGAGAGGAUAGUUUAAUCUAUAAAAUAGGCCAAGUAAGAAAUGAACAAUAAUGAUGAAUACAACAAUUAUAAUAAUGGAUUGUAAAAAAAAAAAUAGUUAUCCGAAACCUAUGAAUCGCUUAUUUCUGUAAUUUUCCACACCAUGUGUUUGGAGCACAGUGGAAUGCAGGUGCCUGAGACUCUGGAAUUGAGGGCAGGAAGACCACAGUACCAUGAAAGGUAAAAGGAAACGUGGAAAAGGAAAAAGUCAUCCAUGGUCACAUUCUUCAUCUGUCUACCUCCCACUUUAAGGGGUUGGCUGGGACCUGGCACCUGGCUAACGUUCCCAAGAAGUGGUCUGGGGCAGCAGCCGUUAUCUGGAUCCUCUGGUCACUGUAGGCUCUAAAUCAGCAAUCAAGUAACCAGACUGCGUUUGAACAACAGAAACCACCAUGAGCUCCUUCCCUGGGGCUGUUUCUAUCCCCAGCCUGGCUGGCUGCCUCAACUGUCCCAUCCUGGGAAGUAGCUCUGAAGCUUCUGCGUCAAUGUGUGGGCCCCAGGGGUGCUGAUGGCUCUGUCAGGCUCGGAGACCCCAGGGAAAAUGGUCUCCUUGUCUGGACAGUUCAUCAUUGCUUCAAAGUAGUUUGAUCUCAUCUCUCUCCACACUGCUGAUGACAGGUGCCCGAGGAAGGCGCUUGGUUUCACGUGGUGCAUUUUCCCAACAGAUCCAGGGCAGUGCAGCAAAGGGACUUCCUCUUGUGUGUUGAGCAAGACCCGUUCUUAUUCCCUUCUCACCUCAUGGAGGGAGGGAGUGAAAUUGCUGGUUUCUGCCCCCACCCCACCCCCAUACAGUCCACAUUCCCGGCAAGUGGCUGCAAAAAUAUUGCCCUUCUAUUUCCAAUCUCGAAAGAUCAGGUGCCCAACACCCAAAAUCAUGUCCCUCGAUGAGUUUUUGUUUGGCUUGUAACUUUCCCAAACCUAUUCAUAGCGUUAGCCUGCCAGGUCUUGGGUUUCACUGGGUUCUAAAGCGGGGCAAAGUGCCAUUGCUUUUUCUUGAUCUCCUACAGCAGACUUCACCUUGAAGGUUUUCCACUUUUUCUGGUGCUAGGGAUCCACUAAAUGUUCUUAUUCAUCCUCCUCAAAUCUGACGUGGUGCCUUGGGCACUCCUCCUGUCGCAAAUCCACCUGCUAGAGGAAAAACUUUGACCACUGAAGGGAAUCUGCUGCGGCAGGUGGAGGGUGAGAGUCCAGACGUGCUUCUGCCCCUCUCUCCUGAAAGUGUCUACUUCAAAUCUGUCUUCUUAAGGGUCCUGAGAGCUAGGGAUGGAAUCGCCACCUGAAUUCUGUGAUAAUGACCCUCUGAUCUGAGGUGACAACCAAGGCAGGUGCAUAGGAGGAGCUCCAGUCCUCAGCUGAGCUCGUUGGCUUCAGCCGACAAGGCAGUCCCGGAACACUUCUUCCCCACCUCCUCAGGUA